AUGUACCAAAGCGGCCAGGCAAACGCCUCGCGGCCCUACCAGGUGCCUCCCCCUCCCCCAAUGUCACCUCCAGCGCCACAGCUUGCCGGCAGCAUGGUCAUGCCACCACCACCACCACCAAUCCGAUAUCCGACCACCACUCCGAGUGCCCUAGGCCCUGGUGGCCUUCCCCCGCCUCCCUCGGGCCCGCCUCCUGGCAGCGCCAUCGGCCAGCAGGCACCCUGGCACAACACUUGGGGUCGCAUGUACGACACCCGUGUAGGCUUCCCUCCGCCGCCUCCUCCACUGCUGCCUCCAGGCAGCGUGGCUGCCGGCCAGCAGCACCAGGCCUACAACCCCAAGAUGCAUGCCGCCGUCAGUGUGCUUCCCGGCCAGACCGUGCCGUUGAUGCCGCUGCCACCGCCACCACCACCGCCGCCGCAGCAGAGCCAGGCCGAUCAGAUGUCGGCAACGUACAUCCCCGGGGUCAACACGUACGGCGAGGGCGUGGGCAUUCCUGGGCUAGGCGGCAUCGCCGGCGAUAUGACGCCCUACUCGGCCAGCACACCCUUGGUCAUGUGGCCUGCCCAGGGUGACGGUUGGGCUAGUGAUCUGUACACUGUCGGUGCAGCCAAUGGAGCCAACGGAGCCAACGGAGCCAACGGGACUAACGGGGCCAACGUGGCCAACGGGAACAGUGUAGCUGAUGCGACCAAUGCGGCCAAUGCAGCCACUGUGGUCAGUACGGCAAAAGCCGCAGCCGCUGGGACGUCUGCGAACCCCAUGGCCAGUCAGACCGGCACCCCGUCAGACGAGUACCCCAGCCGCAGUCUCGGUCCAGGCCAUCAUGCAGUCCGCGGCCAGUCGACAGCCAGCAACGCAACCAACGUGACCAGUGCGACCAGUGCGACAAGCGCGACCAGUGCGACUGGCGGUAGCAGCAGCAAAGGCGUACCGCCAGAGCUCGCUGCCCAGUGGCCGCUGGAGCGCGUGCUGGCCUGGCUGCAGGCCAACCAGUUCCCCAAGGACUGGCAGGACGCCUUUCGGACGCUGGAGCUGUGCGGCGCGCCCUUUCUCGAGCUGGGCAGCGCCCACGGUGGCCGCGGCAACUUCAGCCUCAUGCACCAGCAGGUGUACCCGGCCCUGAAGCAGGCCUGGGUCGAACGCACCGGGCAGCCAGGCAAGGACUGGGAGCCGACCAAAGACCGCGAGGUCGGCAGGAACAUGCGCCACAUGAUUCGGGGCAUCGUCAGUGGCCGUCCUGUCGACCCAGCACGAUUACCUAGCAUGAGCCGAGAUUCCAACCCAAACACAAUCGCGAGCCUGGCGCCUCACAACCCGCCGAGUGCUGGAGCCGAGCCGGGCGACUCUGCGGACUUACGGAUGGGCAUCUCCCACACGCCCGAGGGCAGCGUGGCUGAUGCCAAUUUGCAUACUCCCAUCCGGGAUCCGGGCCCUGGCUUCUCCGGGCGGCGCGUCUCACAGACGACGACACGGCCGGCCAUCAGCGGCAGCAACGCCGGGUCUCCGGGCGGCAUCCUGUUCAAUCUCGACGUCGACAGCGCGCUCCGUCACAGCCCCAACAACAGCGCUGCCGGCAGCCCGGUUCCCACUUCCGCCACGGUCUUCAUGGCCUCCACUCCCAAUCUCUCAGCUUCUCCACACGCGACCAGGUUUGGACACCGCUCGCGCAACAGCACCGACUCCAUGUCCUCCAACGCGGCCGUCUACGGGUCUGGACUGCCGACCGAAGCCAGCCAGAUGUUGCGCCAGGGCAUGAACAUCAGCGAGAUGAUCUCGGCCAGCCGCAAUCCCGCCAGCGCCCGGCCGCCCUCGCACGACUCGGGCGACCACUCAGCUGGCACGGACCCACCGAGCAGUGCCAAGGACAACAAGUCGCUGCUCUCGUUUUGGAACCACCGGAAGAAGAAGCAGAAGGACGACAACAGCUACCCGUCUCCCGAUGGGCUGGAGUCGCCGACCAGCCCGGUCGUCACCAAGUCGUCGGCCUCUCAGCUGGGCAGCCGCGCCGGCAACGCGAGCGACGUGUCGCUGGACCGGCCUCUCUCGAGCUUCGCGCCCAGCCACGACUUUAGCAGCGUGACCUCCUCCUACGGACGGCCUCUCUCGACCUUUUGGCAGCAGCCGCCGCGCGCCUACGUCCUGGCCACGACGGACUCGUGGAACUUCCGGAUGGUCGACGUGACUGACGUCGACAACGCGGCCGACCUGCGGAGGCUCAUCUGCACGAGCCUAGGCCUUCCGGACGGCGACAACGUCUCGUUCUAUCUGACCGAUCUGGGACAGUUCCGACACGAGGCCGCGCUAGACGACGCGAAGCUGGUAGCCAGCAAGAAGCAGCGGGCCGAUGCUGUCGCCAGCCUCAAGUUGUUUGUGCAGCUGCGAAGCAGCGUGCCCAACGUCGUCGCCGCCACCACCGGUAGCAGCUACGGCAGCAACAUGCAACAGCAGCAAGCUCAGGGGCAGCAGACGCCUUACCCACUCCCACAUAUCGCCUCCCUGGACAAGGACGCGUACGAGUCUCUGAACGGCGUGAACCGGCCGAGAUCGAGCUCGUCGCCGCAGUCGUCGCGACAGAACAGCGUGUUGAUCGCAGACGCGAGAGAGGUGGCCAGCGGCGUUGGUGCCGGUGGUGUCGUCGGUGCCGGUAGUGAUGCCAGUGCCGUCAAUGCCGCCAAUGUGAAUGUCACCAGCGCCAGCGCCCCAAGUGUCGAUGUCGUCAGCCAAAGCCGGGCUGAACAGGAGCGCAAGAUGGGCAUAGCCUACCUGGCAAAACGCGGCAGACAGGCGGCACACAAAGAGGCGCCCUUGCUGGAGACCGGGCCGUCUGGAAGCAUCAAUGGCCGGUAUGUGGACUUUGACCAGCCUCGGGUGUCGCCGUUCGAGGACAAGGCCCAGGAGAAGCUGCUGCCACAGCGCCGUGCGCCGGAGCCGCCCGAAGCCCCGUCCGCCACGCUCCUCAAGGCCAACAUGCUGAGCAAGCAGGGUAAGCAGACGCGGCUGUCCCAAGGUGCCGACGGCCACAGCAGCAGCAAGCGGCUGACAAUGGCGAACGAACUAUCGCCCGAGAUGUCGGAGCGGGUUGGUCGCAAGCCGUCUGGCUUUGGCGGCGGUGACAGCGGGCCGCAGACUGUCCUGGGCGUGGCAUCGGUGCUGGCUGGCAUGGGUCGCACGCUGGGCGGACUCGGCCAUCCGUCUCGGGGCCCGUCGCCCCAUCGGGUCCCGUUAAGCGCCAACUUUGCCCGCAUUGAGACGGCACCACCAUCGACAUCACGCUUCCAGACCCACGAACCGGCACUACCGGUCGAGGGCAACGAGAUCAGGUUCUCCCGGACCGGCGGGCCGCCGCGCAUUGGUCUCCCAGAGGCGCUGGCAAAUCCGUCGCGGAUCUCGAUCGCGAGCAACUCGGACGACGAAGAUUCUGACGACGACCUAUUCAUCGUGCCCCUUACCGAACGGCCCGGUGCUAGCACGGCCAAGGGCAAAGGGGCGGCCAAGAGCGGCAGUGCAUCUGGGAGCAGCAGAACUGGCAUACCGUCGAAAUCGUCUUCCACCGGUGCUGGGGCAGGCGGCGAGCGACCCAGCCUCACUCUCGAGACGAAGCGGGCACGCAAGACGAUGUCGGUGUCGUUCACGUCUCCCGUGUCGGCGACGGCGGGCGCGAGCAGCAACAACAUCAACGGGGGCGACGGUGGAGGCGACGACAACGACUCCAGCCAGAGCAGCUCUCGAAGGACACCGGCGACGCCCGACUCGGACUCGGACUGGCGGCCGGACAACGACGAGAACGGGCUGGGUCGACGGAAGUCGUUUGUGGAGCGGGACGUGUGGGCGAACCGUCCGCCGACAGACGCGCUGAUCAACAAUUUGGAGGACUACUUCCCGAACCUGGACGUCGACCAGCCGGUGCUGGAGGAGGGCGGAGACGCCGAGAACCCACCGUCACCGAUUGCCGAGGUAGCCGAGCCGGACGAGUCGCCACGGGCGGCAACAGCGGCGGCAGCGGCGGCAGCAUUAGCAGCAGCAGCAGCAGCAGCCAAGGCGGCCAGCUCGUCGACGUCGACGUACAACGAGAGCGAUACGCUCGGGUCGGAUGAAUCGACGCUCAAGGCACUGGACCGGCAAACCUCGGGCUCGUCAACGAGUGCGACACAACGCAGCGGACGGCGAUCGGGUGGGCUGGGCCGGAUGAAGUCGAUCCGUGAGGUCGCUCGUGGUGCCCACGAAGCCAGCAAGCGAUACACGCAGACGCAGCUAGCACAGCUGCAGCUUCAACAACAACAAUUGCAGCAGCAGCAGCAGCAGCAGCAGCAACUACAGCAGCAACAACAACAGCAGCAACAGCAGCAACAGCAACACCAACAUCAGCAGCAAUACGCUCAGCCACCGCCUAGCAUCCCUCGCAUGCCGACCGCCAUCAACCCGGCGGCCUUGAUGCGGCGCAAGUCGACCAAGAUGUUCGGAGCCAGCAUCAUCCAGGUGAAGCCGGACCGGCAGCGAGGGUCGAUUGUCGUGGGCACAGGCGGGGCGUUCAGCCACGGCAGCAACAGCAGUGGCGGCAACAACGGGAUCCCGAAGCGGCAGACGACGUUCCGCUGGUUCAAGGGUCAGCUUAUCGGCAAGGGCACGUACGGGCGGGUGUAUCUGGGAAUGAACGCGACGACGGGCGAGUUCCUGGCAGUGAAGGAGGUGGAGGUGCCGCCGAAGUUGGUGGCGCAGAACGAUCGCAACCGGGUGCGCGAGCUGGUGGCCGCGCUCAACCAGGAGAUCGAGACGAUGCAACACCUGGACCACGUCAACAUUGUGCAGUAUCUGGGGUGCGAGCGCAAAGAGACGAGCAUCAGCAUCUUCCUCGAGUACAUCUCCGGUGGCAGCAUCGGGUCGUGUCUGCGGCGACACGGCAAGUUCGAGGAGCCGGUGGUGGCCAGCCUGACACGGCAGACGCUAUCGGGACUGGCAUACCUGCAUCGCGAGGGCAUCCUGCACCGCGACCUCAAGGCGGACAACAUUCUGCUAGACGUCGACGGCACGGCCAAGAUCAGCGAUUUUGGCAUCAGCAAGAAGACAGACAACAUCUACGGCAACGACCGGACGAACUCGAUGCAGGGCAGCGUGUUCUGGAUGGCGCCCGAAGUGAUCCGGUCGCAGGACGAGGGCUACUCGGCCAAGGUCGACAUCUGGGCCGUCGGCUGUGUCGUGCUCGAGAUGUUUGCCGGCCGUCGGCCCUGGUCGCAGGAGGAGACCGUAGGGGCCAUCUACAAGAUCGCCCAGGGCGAGACCCCGCCGAUCCCAGAGGACGUCGAGGCCACCAUCAGCCCAUACGCGCUGGCCUUUAUGCUGGACUGCUUCACAGUAAACCCGACCGAUCGGCCGACGGCUAACCGGCUGCUCUCCCAACAUCCCUUCUGCGAGCUGGACCAGAACUACAACUUUCUGGAUUCGGCGCUGUAUUCCAAGAUCCGGGGGACCUUUGACACGACGUGA